CAGCGUCCGUGUCAAAUAGAGGUACGUCGGGAUGAUUUCGGGCGAGACGCUGUAUCAUGUUAAGAGCGCCGGAAGUCUACGUCAAGGUGGUCGUCGAGCCUAAAUGACAAAGACACUCUAACCAAUAUAAGUGCCUCGCCAGGAUCGACAACAGAGAAGUAUCCAUUGGUCCCUGACACCUGCCACGAGGCAGAGUCCAAAUAGCAUUGGCUCCGCGAUGUGACGGUCUGCAGGCGUGCGGAGAGCACAUAGCGGUACAACAAUAUGCAGGUUCACACCAUGAAAAUGUGCCGCUACCCCAACGAGCUGGAAGUGUGGAUCUGGAAGAGAAGGAAGAAUGCGUGGGGACACGUCGCAACCCGACUGAGCAGAUCGAUUCCCCAAAAGCAUCUUGAAACGAAAGCCGCGGUACCGGAUAGCUUCUUAUCUCGUGUUCACGCGACUGCGCAAAAGAUGCAGCGAGACAACGAAUAUGGCGACAAGGAUGGUCCAUAUCCAUAUUUCAGAUACAGCGGUAUACGCUAUAGAUAGAGAAUAGUGGGGAUGAUACUGCUUGUAUUCGUUCACUUGCUUUUCUCCGAAGACCUGGAGCUCAACCGACAGACGCCAACAAGACGCCAACGUAU